AUGGCCAGCCCGGAGCCCCGGUGCGGCGGGGACGGCGCCGCCCAGGCUGUGAGGGAAACAAAAACAGAGGCCCUGUCUCCUCUUCAGGAAGAGAAUUCCAAAUCCUCAAAUGAGGCAGAGACCUUGAAAUCAGGGUCUACACUGUUAUUGGAGGGGACCUUGAACCUAGAGGACAUUCUCUAUUUGGGAGACACAGGUGACUUUGAUGAGACACUGUUUGAGGAAGAGCCUGGGAAGACAGAGGACAUGCUGUAUAUUGAGGAGACUAUGCAGCCAGAUGAGGCACCCUUUGUGGAAGAGCCCAUGAAGCCAGAGGAGACACUUAAGGUGGAAGAGACAGGGAAGCCAGAUGAGAUACAGUUUGUGGAAGAGCCUGCGAAUUCAGCAAGUGUCAUAAGCCCAGAGCAAAUUGAACACGUGGGAGAGACCAUUACAAGGGAGGAGAACUUGAAUCCUGAGGUGAGCCUCGGAGCUGGGCCCAGCCCCAGCACAGAGGAGGCCCUGAGCAUAGAGGACCUGAAAUUGCUUGAGGGACGUUUCCAGCAAUGUGUUCAAGCUGUGGCCCAGCUGGAAGAAGAGAGGGAUCAGCUCAUCCAUGAGCUUGUGUUGCUCCGGGAACCGGCCUUACAGGAGGUGCAGCAAGUCCAUCAGGACAUCCUGGCUGCCUAUAAACUGCAUGCACAAGUGGAGCUGGAGCGCGAUGGGCUGAGGGAGGAGAUCCGGCUGAUCAAGCAGAAGCUGUUCAAAGUAACCAAGGAAUGUGUGGCCUACCAAUACCAGCUGGAAUGUCACCAGCAGGAUGUGGCCCAGUUUGCCAAUUUCCGGGAAGCAUUGACUACACGGGCAUCCCAGCUCUCAGAAGAGUUGGCCCAGGCCAAGGAGGCCUAUCAGAAGCAGAAAGAGCAGCUGCGGCAACAACUUGAAGCACCCCCAAGCCAGAGGGAUGGGCACUUUCUUCAGGAGAGCCGACGGCUCUCUGCCCAGUUUGAGAACCUCAUGGCAGAAAGCCGCCAGGGCCUAGAGGAAGAAUAUGAGCCCCAGCUGCUGCGCCUCCUCGAGAGGAAAGAAGCUGGGGCCAAAGCUCUGCAGAAAACGCAGGUAGAGAUCCAGGAGAUGAAGGAGGCUCUGAGACCACUGCAAGCCGAAGCCCAGCAGCUCCACCUGCAGAACAGGAACCUGGAGGACCAGAUGGCACUUGUGAGGCAAAAACGAGAUGAGGAGGUGCAACAGUACAGGGAGCAGCUGGAGGAAAUGGAGGAACGACAGAGGCAGUUAAGAAGCGGAGUGCAACUCCAGCAGCAGAAGAACACAGAGAUGGAGCAGCUAAGGAUCAGCCUUGCUGAGGAGCUCUCAACCUUUAAGAGCUGUUUAGAAAUCUAUGGCUGAAUCUGCAACCCAUAACAAAAAUACUUCUUAGCAAAGGAUCACUAA